AUGUCAACCAUUCGCACGACCUUACCAAUUCCAACCCAGCCUUGGCAAGCCGCCAAGUCCAGGUUUCUUAAUGGUCUAUCGCCAGAGGAUACAAGACGUUUCAAGGACGCAACGCUCGAGAACUUGUUCUAUGAUGCCAGUGCUGCGCAAAAGAAGCAUGCGCUUAACUGCAAAUCAUGGUUACUCCAGGAGCGCUUAUCCUCGCUCGUGGACGCUGUAGAUGAGUAUGGGAAGGCUCUCGAUGUUUUUUCAAACAUCUAUGGGCUUAUUCUGUGUCCAAUCUGGGGGGGGUUAAGAGUGAUCUUGCAUAUAGCUGGCCAGGCUGGAAAAUUUCAAGAGGAACUGGUCGGUAUGCUUGCGCAGAUAGGUGAUGUGCUACCGCGCUUUCUUAUCUAUCAAAAACUUUUCGGUAAACAUGAGCGACUUCUUCAUGCUUUAUCGAACGCGUACCUCGAUAUUUUGAAGUUUUGUGUCUUUACCAAAGACUUCUUUCUGCACGCAAAGCGUUCCAUGAGUAAGUCAGCACUCCGAAGCGCCUGGAAGCCCUUCCGGAAAGAAUUUGAAGAAUAUAUGGCAGCCUUUCGCAAGCAUAGAAAGACGGUAGAGAAAGAAAUCACUCUUGCGCAUAUGAUAGAGUCUGCUCGGAGAGGUGAGAUGGAACGCGCAAACCGGGCUCUUCAGGUCAAGAACACGAAAAUUGCUAAACGUCACCGGAUUCUAUCCACACUCCCAGCUAUCAACUAUGUGAACAAGCAUUCCCAGAGGGUUGAACUUAGGCACUCCGGUACGACUGCAUGGCUUCAGGCUACCCCUCAAUACGGCUCGUGGUUCUCUUCGCUUGCCUCUGCGUGCUUCUAUUGCUAUGGAAUACCAGGAUCUGGAAAAUCAAUCCUUUCGGCGAGUCUUGUGGACAGUCUUCUGAGGGCUGGCGCAAUGAGCAAAUCCUCGCUUGUUUGCUACUACUACUGCGAUUAUACGGACAUGGCAUCAUUGGAACCAAUGGCAAUGGUCGCUUCUCUGCUCCAACAAGUGGUUCAGAUAUUGCCACUUGAUCGAUUCGAUGAGAAAUUCCUAUCGCUUUUUGAUCAUGGGCCAUGUCUUCCAGCCGCAUCUGAAUGCAUGCAAUGCUUUGUCGAAGUCCUAAAAGAGUUCAAAACGGCUUACAUCGUUAUCGAUGGCAUCGACGAAUUAGCUCCUGAGGUGCAGGUUUUCGCAUUGAAUUUGAUCGCUCACCUCCUCCGGCCAGCACCCGUUGUAACGAAAAUCUUUGUGACGAGCCGCAUCGGAGAAUACACAAUACACAGAUCUCUGAAGAACCACACGAGUCUCCAAAUCACAAAAGAACUAAUCGACAAGGAUAUAUCGCUGUUUAUCAGCGAGAAAAUCGAGGACAUCAUUGCACAUAAGAACCCGCUCUUAAACAAAAGGGGACUAAAACAAGACAUCAUCGAUGCGCUUGUCGAUGGUGCCAACGGGAUGUAA